GAAGCUUCUUCGUAUUACAAAUGGGUUGUCUCUCUUUACCCCACAAGCUCAUUGUGCGAGGAUGAUGAUUCGCAGUAGGAACGGGCAAACUUGCCUGCGUUCAGCCUUGGCGACGUCGCGGGGUCGCAGCCUACCAUGCUCCUCUGCCUUCCAUGCCUCCCCUCGCCCAUUGUCGCAGCGAGAAGGUCAGCUCCACUUCGCCGCUCAAGUCUCAUCAGCGGACGCUGACCUGAGCCCACCAGCCACACCUCAGUCUCCUUUGACGUGGGCAACACCAAGGCCCCCCGUGGACGAAGUCGAGAAGACCCUCCUCGCCGAGCAGUCGCUGCAGACAGCCAAGGAGAGGAGAUUGAGCCCUGUCGGGCUGGCUUCCCUAUGGCAUGUAGGGGGACCCGCAACGCUGCCCCCUAAUCUGCGCGAGGCAAUGACAGAGAUGGUGACCGGGGGAGAUUCCAAGCUGCUACGAUCGGACGUCAAGAUGACGUUGGCGAACGACGCAGAGGGACCGGAGAUGAAGAAGAGGAGCCAGCGCUCGAGAGCGGCAUUGCUGCAUCUCGCCACUGCAUCUCCCCAGCGGUAUGCUACCAUUCACCAGGUGCUCAAGACGACUGCUCAAAGACUCGCGCGGCCACUGCCCUACGCAUUAGGAGAAGGAUGUGCAACCCAAGGAUGGGCGCCCAAGAGGGUAGUAGAAAGUGGCUGUGCGGUUGGCGAGGGAGCAUGGGCAGCGGCUGAAGUCUGGCCGGAACUGGAGCAAUGGUCUGGUAACGAUAGCCGACCGCAUCUGCUUGCAGCUGCCGAGGAUCUUCUCACUUUCGAUGCUGCUUCCAGUGAGCCCUCGGUACUUUCUCGACUACGCAAAGCUCAACCGUCGUCAGUUGAAUUCGAGGCGAACAAGAGCCAUGGAGUGCGGUAUCAACGUCCGUCUUCUGAACGGAAGCUGGACCUCAAUGCGUCAGAAGAAAGCACGCUGAGCCUUUCAGCGUAUCAGCUGCUGUCGCUCUCUUCAGAUUCUGCCCGAGAGCAGCAUGUACGCUCUCUAUGGAACAGCGGAGCCGAGGCAAUCGUACUCAUAGAGGAAGGCACCGAUCGAGGUUUCGCAGCCAUUGCCAGCGCUCGAGCGCUGCUGCUAGAAUUGGGAGAGGAGGCCAAAGUCGAAGAUGUCACCCCUCCUACAACGUCUGCUGAAGACGAUGACGGAGAGGCCAGAGAGAAGCUCGUGCUAGGAGGCGUAGAAUUCAUCGAAGAAAAGGCAUCCGACAGGGUGUCUACCGAGGAGCUUUCAGUGGGCGAGGGUAUCACGGGCAGAGGCUGCUACGUAGUCGCCCCGUGUCCACAUGAUCGGCCGUGUCCGCUUCUCCACCCUUUCUUGCUAGAUCUAGACCACGACACAGUCACGGAUGUCGCCAAGCGCUCUGGUCCGUCCAAUCACCACCGAGCUUCGGGUGUUGGUCUCGACUCUUGCCUGCACCCUGUGCGGUACCUCCCACCAUCUUGGUCCAGGGAUCUGGGCAGCGAGGACAGACGGAGAAAGAGGGAAAAGGGUGGAAGGGAAGAGCGCAGUGCUCGCAUGGCGUACGUCGUGGUCAAGCGAGGGGAGAGGCCUACUAUGGACUCAUUGAGGCAGGAGGGAAGCGAAGCGGCGCAGAGUGUGGAAGCGGCCGUGCCGUAUGCUCGUCGAGGACCCAUCGAAGAGGUGAGAAGGGGCGACUCUUUGCCUCGCCGGCUGCCAGAAGACGUGGUAGACAUCGAGGGAGGCGAGACGGACCUACAAGGGGAUCUUUCACCUUCAGGGGAGCUCUUCAAGUUGCUUCCACCUGACCUACAACAAGCUCUCAGUGCAUCGCGAGAGGGAGAGAACGAGGCGGGAGAGCAGCAACUCCCACAAGAUCAGGACCUUUUAGAGCGAGCCGCUGCUGCCGCAUUGCAAGGUCACAAGACGAACACUGACGGUGCAGACGUCUGGGCAGCCAGCGCCGAAGCAGCAGAUUCGGCCAAGGCAGAGCAAGCAGAGAUCGAGGAAGCCGAAGCUACGACUGGAGCAGAGCACAACGAAGACUGGCUGUCGGCGUUGUUGGCUACUAAUGAAGCUCGGCCAGAGGAUCUGGAUGCGUCUACCAGUGGUCACCCAGAGCCCUCUGCAUCUGACGUAGCCUCGGCAGUCUCGCUUCUGGUGCCGUCGCUCCCGCGCAUCGUUAUGCCUCCGAUCAAAAAGGGCGGUCAUGUGACGUUUGAUGCCUGUCACUCCAAUGGCUCGAUUCAGCGCUAUACCAUUUCGAAGGCGGCGGGGAAGCAGACGUACCACGAAGUGAGGAAAAGCUCUUGGGCGGACCUGUGGAGUCAAGAUCCCGUCGAAAUGGCUGCUCCGUCGAGGCGGGUGAAGGGGGGCGAGGCUAGCGAGGCUCUGGAGGAAGAGGAGGAAGCGGACGAGGACGAAGAUGAGGACGGCGAGGACGACCUGAGUCUGCUCGAGACUCGAGACGAGGCUACUGGAAGGAGGAAAUGGAUCAAGAGGCGAGGCUGGGGUCAAUGGAGCCGCGUUGCCCCUGCAGACCCCUCGGCAGGUCUGGCCAUGGAUGGUACCGGGACACCCUUCAGGUCUUCCUCGUCUUCUUCCCCUCGCUCUACGCGUGCGAGCGAUCGGCCUUCAGCGUACAUCGGUGCGGAUCAAAUCUGUCCCCUGACAUCCUCUGGCGAGGUCAAGGGGUCUAAGAACAAGAAGAAGUCUUCGGCGCUGUCUGCCGCUACCACUUCUGCAGCUGCUGGGCAGAGGGGAGCUCGCAGUCGUAAAGGUGCCAAGGCGUAUGCGGGAGCGAGGGACAAGGAGUCGAAGAGGAAGAGGAGCAUGAAUUCGUACCACGAGGAGGUGGCAGAGGGGUUCGACGCGCUGUCCAUCUGAGAGCCGGAGGCCUGGAGAAGGUUCGGAGGGAAGCCACGUGCGGACCCACUAUCAUCUGUAUCAAUAACAUUUGCACCACCACCACUACGAUUCUGUAGAUCUUCCCGCGUCGGCGUUGCGCCUUUUUGAGAUGGACAGCAGUGCUUUCACGAAGAAGGCGGGAAGUAGUCCGGCACGCCCCUCUCGUACACUUCAUAGUCUGCCUUGCUAAAGGUGCAGAAUAUCACCCUCUCCAAUCCCGCUCCAUCUUCGGACUGCAAGAAUUGCCCCACAGUCUCUAGUGCGACUCUCGUAGCGUCCUCGAUCGGGUAGCCAUAGACGCCCGUCGAGAUGCUGGGAAAGGCGACCGUCUUGAUCUCUCCUCCCUUUUCAGCAGCGCGC